AAUACGUCUCUUCCAGCGAGUGGUGUGCCUUAUCGAUGACUUCAAACAGAUAAGACGAUCUUUUUCUUCGCGACGGUGCAAUGGACGUCUUUUCAUAUUCUACAGUCUACGCUCAUCUUCUUUACAAUAACUUCUACUUUUUACAAUGAACGAUCCCGCUACCGUACAUCGCCAGCUCAAGAUCAAGUGUGGAGCAACAAAGAGGCUGUUGAAAGAACACUCCCUCUAUCGAAAGGAAGCUGAGGAGCAGAAACGGAAGCAUGACAAAAUGGUCGCUGACGGCGCUGACGAGUGGGAUGUAAGAAGCGCUGCGAAAAUUCUGGAUGAGGCAAAGAGGAUGAUCGUCGAUGCUGAUACGCGCCUUGGAAAUGUGGUGCAAGAGCUAAGAAGUCUCAUUAUUCUGGUCAAGCAACAACCGUCGUUCGCAGAAGACGAAGAGCUCAUAAAGGCGGAGGAGGUACUCGAAGAGGCCAGUGUAUAGAAUCGUAAGGGGAGCUUAGUACCAUGGACAUUAUAAGCCCUCGAGAACCAGUUCCAGCGCGUCUGUAACAUUACUACCGUGUAAAGAAAACGAAAAAGAAGAUGGACCAUGUUGAUUUGCUUACUUUCGAGUCAUUCCAUACGC